AUGGUUGUGAUUCUAGAGGUGAAAGAUGGUGGUGGUGGUUCUAUUGACAAUGGUGGUGGUUCUAUUAACAAUGAUGUAGGUUCUAUUAACAAUGGUGGUGGUUCUAUUAACAAUGGUGGUGGUUCUUUUGACAAUGGUGGUGGUUCUAUUAACAAUGAUGGAGGUUCUAUUAACAAUGGUAGUGGUUCUUUUGACAAUGGUGGUGGUUCUAUUAACAAUGAUGGAGGUUCUAUUAACAAUGGUGGUGGUUCUUUUGACAAUGGUGGUGGUUCUAUUAACAAUGAUGGAGGUUCUAUUAACAAUGGUGGUGGUUCUAUUGACAAUGGUGGUGGUUCUAUUAACAAUGAUGGAGGUUCUAUUAACAAUGGUGGUGGUUCUUUUGACAAUGGUUCUAUUAACAAUGGUGGUGGUUCUUUUGACAAUGGUGGUGGUUCUAUUAACAAUGAUGUAGGUUCUAUUAACAAUGAUGUAGGUUCUAUUAACAAUGGUGGUGGUUCUUUUGACAAUGAUGUAGGUUCUAUUAACAAUGAUGUAGGUUCUAUUAACAAUGGUGGUGGUUCUUUUGACAAUGGUGGUGGUUCUAUUAACAAUGAUGUAGGUUCUAUUAACAAUGGAGUUGGUUCUAUUGACAAUGGUGUUCUAGUGGUGUGGGUUGAUCUUUGGCACGGCUGUCUUGAGACACUGGUACCUGUCUGGCCGCCGCCUCGUCUCCCGGGGUCGCCACCAACACGCUCCUCUGCCGCCGCCACCGCCGCCGCCCGCCACCCGCCGCCGCUACCCCUCGGCGCCUCCUGCUGCUCCUCCUCCUGCUGCUGCUGCUGCACCGAAGAUGAGGGUGAAGUCGGUGGCACGGCGCCUGCCCAGAGGUAUGUAGUCCUCCCUGACUUCCGCAGCGCGCCCGCCGCCGCCCGCAUCUGUGUGGUGGCUGCGGCGGCGACCCACACCUGGCACUCCCGGCACUAA